AUGUCGGCGCCGCCCUCUCUCAAGUCCCCGGCCACCGCCGCCUUCCUCGCCUCCCCAUGCUUGGCCGUCGCCCCGAGAGCCGCCGUGCUCGGCGCCACUGCGCAGCCGCCGCGACGCCUAAGCUGCUCUGCAGCCGUUGGAGCCGAAGCCAGGGAUCUCGAGGUGAUGAGUGCUCCCCUGGACUGGGCGGCGAGGUCGGUGGGGGAGCUGGAGCAAGCGACAGACCUGGACACUUUCUGUAUGAUGGCGCUAUCACCUCUGGACGGCCGAUACUUCAGAUUUAUUAAGGACUUGAUGCCCUUCUUCAGUGAGUUCGGCCUCAUCAGAUACCGCGUCUUAGUCGAGGUCAGAUGGUUGCUGAAGCUUUCUCAAAUUCCUGAGGUCAAGGAGGUGCCGCCGUUUAGUGAGGAGGCCCAACUAUUUCUGGAUGCAAUCAUCCAAGAUUUUAGCAUCAAUGAUGCUAAAGAGGUGAAACAAAUUGAGAAAAUAACUAACCACGAUGUGAAGGCUGUUGAGUACUAUCUGAAGCAGAAAUGCAGCUCAAAUCCAGAGGUUGCAAAGGUUUUGGAAUUCUUCCAUUUUGGAUGCACUUCUGAAGAUAUCAACAACUUGUCACAUGCAUUAGCUCUAAAAGAGGGGGUAAACACAAUUAUGUUCCCUGUGAUGAUCGAUGUAUGCAGUGCAAUAUGUUCCUUGGCAACGGAAAAUGCACACGUCCCUUUGCUGUCUAAAACUCACGGACAGCCGGCAUCACCAACAACUCUGGGAAAAGAGAUGGCAAAUUUUGCAGCCAGAUUAUCUGAUAUCGGGAAGAGUUUUUCUGAGGUUAAGAUACUAGGGAAAUUUGCUGGCGCUGUUGGAAAUUACAAUGCUGAUGUAGUUGCAUAUCCGGAAAUUGACUGGCCUAAGAUGACAGAAGAGUUUGUCAGGUCCUUAGGUUUGGAGUUCAAUCCUUACGUUACUCAGAUUGAACCUCAUGACUAUAUCUCAAAGCUCUUCAAUCUAUUUGUCCAGUUUAACAUUGUCUUGACUGAUUUUGACAGAGACAUGUGGUCUUACAUAUCAGCAGGCUACUUCAAGCAGAUACCAAAGGCUGGUGAAGUUGGAUCCUCCACCAUGCCUCACAAAAUCAAUCCCAUCAACUUUGAAAAUAGUGAAGGCAAUCUUAGCGUGUCGAAUGGUCUUUUAUGUACUUUAAGUAUGAAGCUACCAAUAUCAAGGUUGCAGCGUGAUCUCACAGAUUCAACUGUUUUGAGAAACUUGGGUGUUGGAUUAGGGCAUUCACUCUUGGCUUACAAAGCAACAAUGCAGGGAAUCAAGAAGCUAGAGGUGAACAAAGUCCGUUUGGAUGAGGACUUGGAGCAAACAUGGGAAGUCCUUGCAGAGCCAAUACAGACUGUGAUGCGAAGGUAUGGGAUCCCCGAACCCUAUGAGAAACUGAAGGAAAUGACUAGAGGCCAGGCUGUAACCAAAGACAGCAUACGCAAGUUCAUUGAAGGUCUUGACCUGCCGGAGGAUGCGCAGUCAAGUCUUUUGAAGUUAACACCACACUCUUACACUGGAGAGGCGGAGAAUCUGGCUGCAAAUAUUUGGAAUGUGGUUGACCUGAAAUCUGGAUUUAAGAUCAAGUGA